GACACUCGUACAGUUACUCCAUUAUUACUACAGUUUACCAGCACAUUAUGGAUGUAGUGGGCGUGUCUAGAGCGAGCGGCUAUUCAGGAGGUGGUCUGAUGAUCAAGUGUGAACAUCCUCAAUACAAAACCAAGCCAAAAUACAUCUGUAAAGAACCAGACGGAUGUUCGAAUAAAUGGAUGGAGAAUGGAGAUGUUUCUUUAUAUGACGACACCAGAGCAGGAGUCUUGAUGGUGUUUUUUAGAGAGCUGAAAGCUGCAGAUGCAGGAACAUACAGAUGUGGAGUGAAAGUAUCUGACUAUACUGAGAGCUUCACUGAACUUCAGCUGAGCGUCAAACACGAUGCAAAGUAUCCAAUGGAUGUGACUAAAACUGCUUAUCUUGGUGAAGUCAACAUCACCUGUCAGAUCCCAGAGGAAUAUAAAGUUCAUUUCUGCAAAGAGGAAGAUAAUCACAUCUGCCAGAACAUCAGCUCAUCUGAAGUGACACAAAUGAGUGGUUCAUCUGAGAGAAAUGAAGAGAGAGUUGUUACAGUGAGCAUCAGUAAUGUGAGCGUGAGAGAUGCUGGAGUUUACUGGUGUGGAGCAGAAACCAGAGACACAUAUCUGACUUUCAUCUCCCUGACCACUAAAAUUCAGCUCAACCUCAUCAUGGCACCAGUAGUGAGACGUGAAGGAGAAUCUGCUGAGAUCUUCUGCCCUUAUGAUUCAAUCUAUAAAUCAAAGCCAAAGUCUCUCUGUAAGGGGAAGUGCUCCACUAGAGACAGAAAUCCUCUCAGUGAGACUGUGAGAGAAGAGAAAGAGAGCAAGACUGACAGAUUGACUCUGAAAGAUAACGUCACUGCACGUGUCUUCACUGGGAGCAUCACUGCACUGACAGCAGAGGAUGCUGGGAAAUACUGGUGUGCAGUGACAUUAGAAACAGAGCUCAGUUAUCUUCACACUCAUCUGAUGGUCAUCAUGAACGAGGAGCUGAACUUGACUAAGUAUGAAGGAGACGACGUGUCAAUCCAGUGCAAACAUCAGGAUGCAGAUCAGAAAAGCUUCUGCAAAGCACAUGAAGCCUCCAUGUGUGUGAAGGAUGGAGUUUCAUUGGAGACGAUCAGAGAUGAUCGAUUCUCUUUCAGUGAUGAAGCAUCUGCUGGAGUCUUUACUGUGAACAUCACUGAUCUGAGAGAAGAGGAUUCUGGGAUAUACUGGUGUGGAGCUCACGUCACCACUAAAGUGACCCUCAGCGUUAAAAAGGAUUUCUUAAUGAUCAUCAUUAUCAGUGUGUGUGUGAUUCUGCUGCUGAUCGGUGGAUUCACUCUGACUGUGUGCAAAUUAAGACACAAGAGACGAGUCGCCGCUCACUCACAGCUACCCACAAUCCCCUCUGAUGGGCUCCUGUACGCUGCUGUCAGUUUCCAGAAGCAUGAAGAGUCUCUCAGUGACGCUACAGUCAGAUUCACUCAAAACCACAGAAAACUGGUGAAGGUUCAGCGUCUCAGUUUAGUUUGA